GGAUAGUAACCGAAGCUAGCAGCGCGGAAGAUCAGCGAGGACGUGCUUGCGCCAUCGCAUCUGGGGCUCGUAUAUAACGCGCGGGGUGCAGGCGAGUUUAUCACUCAUCUCAGAGCACACCGCCUACCGACGCACUAAACUGCAAUAUGAAGGCUUUCAUCGUUAUGUGCGCCCUCGUGGCCUGCGUCGCCGCCGAAAGUGAGAAGCGCGAGAAGCGUGGCUUCCUCAGCGGCAUCCACUCGUACAGCGGCGGCAUCAGCGGAGGAUACAGCAGCGGCUACAGUGGCGGCCACGGAGGCUAUGGUGGAUACAGCGGCUACUCAGGCUACUCCGCGCCCGCCGCCCAGGUCGUGACCGUCAACAAAGUAGUCAACACCCAACGCGUCGUCGAAGUCCCACAAGUCGUGAACGUGCGCAAAGUGGUGUCUGUGCCUCAAGUAGUCUCCGUGAACAAGGUGGUGGCUGCUCCCAGCUACAGCUCUUACAGCAGCGGACUGUCCGGCUACGGCUACGGAUCCGGCUACAGUUCCGGACACGGCUAUGGCUCCGGAUACGGAUCCGGCUACAGUUCUGGAUACAGCUCCGGCUUAGGCUCUGGCUACUCAAAAGGCUGGUGGUGAAUCUUAUCAUUAGAUUUAGUUCAAAGCGCAUUGUGAUUCUGUCCUCUCUUAGCUAUAUUCUCUCUACAACUAAGAUUACAUUUGUUUCAUAUGAAGAUAUAUAAAUCUAUAAAUAAUAAACUUUAUUUUUUU